UGAAAACAGUGUCGGACCCAUUUGGGCGUGCAGGACAAGCUUCCUGUUUUGAACCAAGGGAAACGACUGGCUGGACUAAAGUUAUCAGUUUCGACUUACUAAAGUGUGUUGAGCGGAGGAGCCAUGCCUUUCCUCCAUGGGUUUCGUAGGAUCAUUUACGAGUACAAGCCGCUCGUUGAUGCUGUUAUGGCUGUGGUUGUACUUCAGGAAGGAGGCGGAAGUCACGAGGACAGAGUCAGAAGCCCUGAGGGUGAGUCCAGCUCUCUGGUGGAGCUUCUGGAGCGCGAGUCCCAUUCAGAAGUGUUUGUGGAAGGUAUCAGCUGUGCUCUGUCUAAGGUAGCAGAGCAUGGACUGGUGAACGCAGCUGAAAUCCUUCUACGCUAUGGAGCUGAUCUAAACUUUGAGGACCCAGUAUCCUACUACAAUCCUCUCCAUAUGGCAGUUUUGAGGAACAAACCAGACAUGGUGAAGCUGCUGGUCAGACACGGAGCAGACGUUGAAAAGAGAGACAGGAUCCAUGAGAGCAGUCCUUUGGAUCUUGCCAGUGAGGAGUCGGAGAGGCUGCCCUGCUUGCUCGUCCUGCUGGAGCUCGGUGCUGAUGUCAAUGCAUGGGAUAAACAUGGAAAAACACCUUUGCUCCAUGCUUUUGCAAGUAGCGACGGACUGACUGUGCACAACAUAGAGAACAUCGAGCUUCUUCUUCAGAGAGGUGCUGACGUUAACGCGGCUUCUUUAGACGGUGAAACUGCUAUGUCCUCUUUGGUCUUUGUGGUCACGGAGGCUCUGGAGGCCGACGUGGAGGAUGCUGCUGAGAUGGGUAACUUUUGCUUGAAAGCCACGCGGCUACUUUUGUCUCACGGUGCGGACCCCAGCUCCUGUCUGAAUGCCCUGACGCAAACGAGCCUGGAGCACUUUGACCUGCUCUUCCCUCUGGCAGUGCUGUUAAUUCGGAGCGGAGCGUCUUUGGUUUGCUCUCAUCACGGCGACUCCUGUUGGUCAGGUUACAGCCUCCUUUUCCACCGCCUCCACACAGUCCUGCAGAAGUGCCCCGAUAAAAGCCACGCCUCAGAGCUGCUGGAGCAAGCUGAGGUGUUGCUCGACUUAGCAAGGGUAGACCUCAUCGCGCUGCAUGUGAAAGUGAAGCUCCCUGUGCCCGGUCAGGACCCGCAUCCCUACGCUCAGGCUCUAAAGGACCUGCAUAGCCGCGUAGUAGAGCACGAAGCGAACCCUCCUGCUCUGCAAAGUCUUUGUAGGGCAUUUAUAAGGAGCCACCUACAGCCUGGGCCCCUGGAAGACAGAGUGAAAGCUUUACCGUUACCGGACAAACUGAAAGACUUUAUACUUCCUGAGCCAAUCCCUAAACCUGGCUGGGACUGCUUCAAGCCCCAACAGAGCCAGCACUGACAAUAAAAGCUACCAACUAGUUUGUGCUCUACCUGAAAAUCUAAAUUGAAGAACUGAAAAGGCCUGUAGUAGUUGUAUAAAAGUAUUGAGCACCAUUGAGGCCUUUAUUUAAAAUCUUAUCAUUGUUUUCUCUGCCAAAAUACCAGACAACCAGUGUAUGUUUACUUAAAGACACAAAGUAAUGCGUGUAGCUAAAUCUGCUGUUCUGAUUAAACUGCCACACAGCAAACACACAAUACAAUCCACCAGAUGGCAGUGUUGCUCUCUCAGCUCAGAUCGCAGGGUCACAGAUUUAGGUAGGCUCCAUCUAUAUUUCAUCUCCUCAACAUGAUGGUGGAGUAUUGUGGAAUUUGUGGAUAUUCUCGCUUUUCUCGCUUUAACAUAAAAAUGUACCAAUAAAACAGUCAGGUUUCUCACCA